GGGGUUUGUGGGGCAGGGCGGCGCGCAGUGGCCGUAGUGCGAACCAUGGGAGGCAGCUGGUGGUGGGCUCGGGCUGCCCGCCUGGCCCGACUCCGCUUCCGGGGGUCGUUGUUGCCGCCUCAGCGGCCCCGGAGCGGGGGCGCCCGGGGGUCCUUCGCCCCGGGCCAUGGGCCUCGCGCCGGGGCUUCGCCGCCCCCGGUGUCCGAGCUGGACCGUGCGGACGCUUGGCUCCUCCGAAAAGCGCAUGAAACAGCCUUCCUCUCUUGGUUCCGCAAUGGCCUCCUGGCGUCCGGGAUCGGGGUCAUCUCCUUCAUGCAGAGCGACAUGGGCCGGGAAGCUGCUUAUGGUUUCUUCCUGCUGGGCGGCCUGUGCGUGGUGUGGGGCGGCGCCUCCUACGCCGUGGGCCUGGCCGCGCUGCGGGGCCCCAUGCAGCUGUCGUUGGGGGGCGCGGCGGCGGGCGUGGGCGCCGUGCUAGCCGCCAGCCUGCUGUGGGCCUGCGCCGUGGGCCUCUACAUGGGCCAGCUGGAGCUGGACGUGGAACUGGUGCCGGAGGACGACGGGACGGCCACCGCCGAGGGCCCCGAUGAAGCCGGCCGGCCGCCGCCGGAGUAGCCCCCCACCCCGAGCGUGGACCCCCUUGAGGACGAGGACUGGGACAUUAAAACCUGACUCU